AUCCGCGCGCGCGACAACCCCCUACGCCGUGCGCCAAAGUUAUCACUUAAACUACUCCCAACCUCCAUGCAGACUUUGUCAUCAAAAACUACCAGAGCUUUUAGGAAAACGCUGCAAAGAAUUAAGUAACCUUUGCGCACUUGAGAAUUAAGGGACACCCUCCUCCCUCUGUACACACACAGUGUACCUUUUUCUCAGCAGUCCUGUUUCGCUCAUGCUCCCCACCGUGCUACAUCAGAACUGUAGAAUGCAGUCGUCUUUGCCAGGAACAGUACCUCGAAUGAUGCGACCAGCGCCUGGACAAAACUAUCCCCGCACUGGCUUCCCUUUGGAAGUGUCAACUCCCCUGGGUCAAGGUCGGGUAAACCAACUCGGUGGAGUGUUCAUCAACGGAAGACCACUGCCAAAUCAUAUCCGACACAAGAUAGUGGAGAUGGCCCACCACGGUAUCCGUCCCUGCGUGAUCUCUCGACAGCUACGAGUUUCCCAUGGUUGCGUGUCCAAAAUUCUUUGUCGGUAUCAAGAAACAGGAUCGAUCCGACCCGGGGCAAUAGGAGGAAGCAAACCCAGACAGGUAGCAACGCCCGAUGUGGAGAAACGGAUUGAGGAGUACAAGCGCGAGAAUCCCGGCAUGUUCAGCUGGGAGAUCCGAGACAAGCUGCUGAAGGACGGGGUGUGUGACAGAAGCACAGUUCCUUCAGGUGAGGCCUCAUCUGUGAGUUCCAUUAGUCGUGUUCUGAGAGCUCGAUUUGGGAAGAAAGAUGAUGAAGAAGAUUGUGAUAAAAAAGAUGAAGACGGAGAGAAGAAAACCAAACACAGCAUCGAUGGCAUUCUUGGCGAUAAAGGUAGCCGUAUGGACGAAGGCUCAGAUGUGGAGUCGGAGCCGGACCUUCCCCUGAAGAGGAAACAGAGGCGCAGUCGCACCACUUUCACGGCCGAACAGCUGGAGGAGCUGGAGAAGGCCUUUGAGAGGACACACUAUCCCGACAUCUACACCAGAGAAGAGCUGGCCCAGAGGACCAAGCUCACAGAGGCCCGUGUACAGGUGUGGUUCAGCAACCGAAGGGCCAGGUGGCGUAAGCAAGCGGGAGCCAAUCAGUUGGCGGCGUUCAAUCACCUGUUGCCGGGCGGAUUCCCAGGCAGCGGCAUGCCCACGCUACCCACCUACCAGCUCCAAGAUUCCGGCUACCCCACAACCACACUAUCACAAGACGUUAGUGGCACGGUUCACCGCCCUCAGCCAUUACCACCGUCCACCAUGCACCAGGGAGGGCUGUCGGGCGGGGACGGCGGAUCAGCCUACGGCCUGUCGUCCAACCGUCAUGGCUUCUCCAGCUACUCCGACUCCUUCAUGAGCCCCUCGGCACCCAGUAACCACAUGAACCCCGUCAGCAACGGCCUCUCCCCACAGGUGAUGAGCAUCCUGAGUAACCCCAGCGGCGUGCCCUCACAGUCCCAGCAUGACUUCUCCAUCUCGCCCCUCCACGGCAGCCUGGAGUCGGCCAACUCCAUCUCGGCCAGCUGUAGCCAGCGCUCCUCAGACCAGUCCAUCAAGACGGUGGACAGCAUGGCCUCCUCCCAGUCCUACUGCCCUCCCACCUACAGCACCACCAGCUACAGUGUGGACCCUGUUACCGCCGGCUACCAGUACAGCCAAUACGGACAGACUGCUGUGGACUACCUGGCGAAGAAUGUUAGCCUGUCCAGCCAGCGGAGGAUGAAGCUGGGAGACCACUCAGCCGUCCUGGGACUGCUCCAGGUGGAGACGGGACAGGCCUACUAGAUUAGUCGCACUCUACAGUCCCCCAUCUCCCCCACACUAGCCCCUUGACCUGCCACCGGCGCCUCUCCCUCACCCCUAUCUCUCUCACCGCCACCUCCAUCACCAACGGGAGAGCCAGAAGUGUGUGUGUGUGUGUGCAGGAGUAUUUCUGUUUUUGUGUGUGUUUGUGGGAGAGAGACAGAAGAUGAAAGCACUUGUAGUCUCGAAGAGAGAAAUGGACUGAAAUUGAAGCAGCCAUUCCAGGAGGAGCUGUAGCUACAGUCUCUUUCCACUGCUCAACCAUUCCACAAUUCCUCCUCUCAUCCUCAACCAAGAGACCCUUAAAGGGCUAUGGAGAGCUAGAGGGGAAUGAGCUCCUACUGUCUUGGGCCCAUAUUGAAAUGGCCUGCCCGACCGACGCUACCAAAAGUUAGCACAUGCAGGCCGAACAAGUGUAGCUUAUCUUUCAUUCCCAAGUUUUUGGACCAUGUCAUUUGUUACGGUACUUAGCUACUGGUGUUAUAAUUCUAUUUGUCAUUAUAACUGUGGCUGUUCCUAUUGCUGUUCAAAAUUAUAAUUAUUGUUACAAUGUUGUUUACUUUCCAUUUUGUCAAAGAUUUCAUUGGCGUUUGCUGGUAUUAUUUGAACAGAUGAUUUAGAGGAGCUUACAGAGAAAGAAGGGAGGGGGGAGAAAGAGAGAGAGAAAGAGAGGGAGGAGGGGCUUACAGAGAAAGAAGGGAGGGGGAGAAAGAGAGGGAGAAGGUUGAGAAGGUCUGAUAGCAGCUUGCUACUGAAGUCUCUAAUGUCAUGGAUUUUGACCUUCCCACUCUAAUCUCAUGCCCGACAUUUCUAAAGGAACUUAAAGGCUACUCUGUGGGACGUCGAGCUCCUCAGAAUCAUCUGGGAAUGAACGGCCAAUGGGAAACUCCUAAUUCCAGAGGUCCGCUUCACCCAGCCUCCCCCAGGCAUUGAUUGGCUACAGGGACCAGAGGAUUGUUUUGAGGGGAAGAAAAUGUUCAAUGUUCAAGGACAUCCAUGUGUUUAGCUAACGCUAGGUCAAUCAUUAGUUGCCAUUACCAUUUUGAGGUUGUUUGGAGGUCUUUUCAUGGGUAGUGGCGGUUUUAGUGUGUCAUACUUAAUGUAUGUGUGUCUUACAAAAUUAUGACCAAUAUAUUUGCAUUAUUUCUCUCUAAAACAAGAGUGGUGCAGCAUUCCAAAAUCACAAAGUACUUGAACUAUGGAAUUUCAUUGUAUUUUUUAUUUUACAUUAUUUUGUUGAAAACCAUUCCAAAAUAUGACAAUUUGUAUUGAAUAUUUGUGCCAUACAAUCUGUUUUAUUAUCUGUAUCUCACAUUGUGCAUCCCAGAAAAUGACUCUAAGCUCUUAAAAGGUAUAGUAUUCACAUCACUCUGAUAUAAUAUGAAAUAGCCCCCCAAUACAUAACAGAUGUAAAAUAAAACGUAAAUAUUCAAGCUGUAGAAUCUGAGUGUAUUGGAACCAACCGUAUUCUGGUUAAGUAAAAAAACAGUGAAUAUUACAUUCGAAAUCUGAUUGUGUAUGGUUUGUUUAUAUGAAAACAUGUUUUGUACUAAAACAUAUCAAUGAUGAUGAUGAGGUUGAUGAGGAUGAUGGUUGAGAAGACAUUGAUGGUUGAGUGAAUGCUGCAUCUCUUGAAGUCUUACAAUGUAUAUUUGUGUUACAUUCCUAAAUAUUUGUUUGUUUCAUUUGCUCCUUUUACUAUGUUGUAUUGAUGUAAAAAAAAAAAAAUACAGAUUGUAUUUUAGCUUUUGCUCUUAAAAAUGAUUGAUGAAAAUGAACAAUACCACUCAAUUCACCAAUUUUUGUAACUGGAAAAUAUGGAUGUUAUCCAAUAUCCACUGAUCAAGAGAACAGCUGAAACAUUUUCACAUGAAAAAGUGUAUCAGAGCAGGAAUAUUGAAUUGGAACUCAGACCUGAGAGAAAAAAAGUCAUUAUUCACAUUUACAUUCCUAUUGGAAGUUGAUUCUUCCCCCAUUUUAACAGACAUUCCCCUCCUGUUGGGACCAAUGGAUUGUUCCUGUCAACCCUCACAGACAACAUCUUACGUUCCCCCACUUACCUAUCUCUUCCUGGGGCAUAACAUGAGGCGCGGACACUGACUCUUGAACUUUCUGUGGGGUAACAUGGCCUCAUAUGCUCAUUUUGGACACACACAUACCUGAAUGAUCUGACUUUCCAGGACCUUAAAGGGAUACUUAGAGAUUUUGGCAAUGAGGCCCUUUGUUUACUUCCCCAGAGUCCGAUGAAAUUGUGGAUACCAUUUUUUAUGUUUCUGUGUCCAAUAUGAAGGAAGGUAGAGGUAGUAUUGUGAACUAAUGCUAACUAGCGUUAGCACAAUGACUGGGAGUCUAUGGGUAUCUGCUAGCAUGACUUCCAGCCAUUGCACUAACGCUACUUAGCAAUUGCACUAGAGCAAUUUAGCAACUUCCUUCAAACAGCACACAGAAACAUAAAAAUGGUAUCCACGAGUUCAUCUGACUCCUGGGAAGUAGAUCAUUGCCAAAAUCCUGAAGUAUCACACCCUCUCAUCCAAACCAGUCCAAUCAGUAUUUUCAGGAAACCCACACAGACUAUACGGCUGCUGUGCCAAUCAGUGCUCGCCACAACCCUUCCAAUUCGUGUAUUUUCUACGAAAAGAAACAGAGAGAAAAAACACACGUCCCUGACCUCCCCCUCUACAUCAGCGCUACCUGUAGUUUUUUUUACUCUUGCUUUAUUCGAUUUCUGUUCAGCAUGUGUGUAUAUUACCAUGGCAUAAUUUAUUCUACUGUAUGAAGUAUUAGAGUAGUGGGAAACUUGUAUUGGCAUUUACUACCCUCAGCCUGUUGGUGUGUUGACUGUAACACUGGCGUAACUGUUAUCAAUUAAAGCUCUAAAACUGGACCAAGA